GCCGCCGGCCGAGUGGAGAGGAGAGAGACUGGCGGAGAGGUUAGAGCAGAGAGCGGGGGCGAGAGAGAGAUAGAGAUGUGCGAGAAGGACGAGGAAGAGGGGGCGGAGGAGUGGGUGCCGUUGAAGGUGAGGAAGCAGAGGAGGAUGGAGGAGUUGAGGGACAGGUUGAAGUCGAAGGUGAAGCGACAGAGGGAGGGGGUGGAGGCUGAGAAGUUGCAGCAGUUUAGUUCGGGGCCGUUGUCGAAGAAGUCUUUGUUUGAGGAGCAUUUUACGAGGGACGCGUUGGAGAGGAAGGUGGGUGAGGAGGUGAGGAGGGCGGAGCAAGAGGAGGAGAUAUUGAGGGCGAUGACGCAGGACAUGCCGUUGCAGAGCGUGGCGGCGAGGGCGCACGGGGUGGUGUUUACGGAGAGUUUGAAGACGAGUUGGAGGCCGCCUAGGUGGAUAUUGGAGAGGUCUGGUGAGGAGGAGAGGGCGAUAAGACAGAAGAGGAGGGUGGACGUGUCGGGGGAGGAGGUGCCGCCGUUGGUGGAGAGGUUUGAGGAUUUGAAGUUGCCGGGGCCCGUGUUGAAGUUUUUGCACAGCAGGAACAUAGUGAAGCCGUCGCCGAUACAGAUGCAGGGGUUGCCGGUGAUAUUAUCUGGGAGAGACAUGAUAGGCGUGGCGCACACGGGGUCUGGGAAGACGGUGGUGUUCGUGUUGCCGAUAGUGUUGUUCGCGCUAGAGGAGCAGAUGAAGUUGCCGUUGAGGCCGGAAGAGGGUCCGUUGGGGUUGAUAAUAUGUCCGUCGAGAGAGUUGGCGCAGCAGACGUACGAUUUCGUGAACGAUUUGUGUUUGGUGUUGGCGCGCUCGGGAUACCCGCCGCUGCACCCGCUGUGCUUGAUAGGCGGCACGAGGAUGCACGAGCAAGAGCAGGCGAUUCGGUACGGGUGCCACGUGGUGGUGGCGACGCCGGGUCGCCUGAUACACUGGCUGAAGGAGAGGAAGAUGUCGCUGAUGUUUUGCAGGUACCUUUGUAUGGACGAGGCGGAUCGGCUGAUAGACGUGGGGUUCGAGGACGAGAUUCGGACGAUUAUGGAUCACUUCGUGCAGCAGAGGCAGACGGUGUUGUUUUCGGCGACGAUGCCGAAGACGAUUCAGAGGUUCGCGAUGUCGGCGCUGGUGAGGCCGGUGGAGGUCAACGUCGGGAGGGCGGGCGCGGCCAGUUUGGACGUGCUGCAGGAGGUGGAGUACGUUUUGGACGAAGCGAAGCUGACGUAUUUGCUCGAGUGUCUGCAGAAGACGCCGCCGCCGGUUUUGAUCUUUUGCGAGAACAAGAGCGACGUGGACGACAUUCACGAGUACCUGCUGUUGAAGGGCGUGGAGGCCGUGUGCAUUCACGGCGGGAAGGACCAGACCGACCGGCUGGCGUCGAUCCGCGCGUUCAAGGCCGGACAGAAGGACGUGCUCAUCGCCACGGACGUGGCGUCGAAGGGGCUGGACUUUCCCAAGAUUCAGCACGUGAUCAACUUCGACAUGCCCAAGGAGAUCGAGAACUACGUGCACCGCAUCGGGCGCACGGGGCGCGGGGGUCACACGGGCCUGGCGACCACGUUUAUCAACAAGAUGUGCAACCCCAACAUCCUCCUGGACCUCAAGCAGCUGCUGAUCGAGGCCAAGCAGCGCGUGCCGCCGUUCUUGCAGACGCUGGAGACCGACAUCGACCUCGCGCCGAUGGGCGUCGACCCGUCGUUCAAGGGCUGUUCGUACUGCGGGGGGCUCGGGCACCGCAUAACCAACUGCGCGAAGGCGGAGGUGGCCAGGAACAAGCAGCUCAACAUUGCCACGGGCGUCAACGCGAAUUCGAGGGAGUUCCGCGGGGGCGGAGAGUACUGAAGAGGAAAUAAAAAUGUGUUUUUUUUUUUUUUUAGUUUUCCUUGCAAGUCAGGUAGAAAAGUCUGUUCAUGAACGUCUGC